GAGUCCCACCAACUGCGCUGAUCCCGUAUUUAUUCAAACCAACUUCCAUCUAACUCCUGCCAAUUCCAAACUUUAAAAUUUUUUUCAGAAAAAAACCGAAAUAGGGGAUUCGAAGGAGUUAAGGAGAUCGAUCGGUCAGUCGAUCCAUCGAUCGAUGAAGCCGCACUUGUCGUCGUCGUCGUCCUCCUCUGUUCUAAUUAGAAAGGCUCGUCUCUCUCCUUACCUUUUCACUCUGCUAGCCUUCAUCCUCUUCGUCGCCGUCCUCUACGGCGAGGACUUCGCCUGCAUCUUCGGCCGCCAGCUCCAACUCGGCCCCGACUCCGACGUCUCCAGAACCGAGAAGAGGAGGGAGAAGCUGCCGUUCGCCAUCGGAGAGUCGACGUGCGACGUGUUCAGCGGGAGGUGGGUUAGGGACGAGUCGACUCGUCCACUUUACGAGGAGUCGGAAUGUCCGUACAUUCAGCCGCAGCUGACGUGUCAGGAGCACGGCCGGCCUGACCAGGAGUACCAGUUCUGGAGAUGGCAACCCCACGGCUGCUCUCUUCCCAGUUUCAACGCGACACUGAUGCUGGAGACGCUGAGAGGGAAGAAGAUGAUGUUUGUGGGGGAUUCCCUGAACCGAGGCCAAUACGUUUCCAUGAUCUGUCUUCUGCACCGCCUCAUUCCCGAACAUGCCAAGUCCAUGGAAACUUUUGAUUCACUCACCGUCUUCACUGCCAAGGAGUAUAAUGCGACGAUAGAGUUCUACUGGGCGCCGUUUCUGCUGGAAUCGAAUGCGGACAAUGCGGUGGUCCACAGGAUAUCGGACAGAAUAGUGAGGAAAGGGUCCAUUAACAAGCAUGGGAAGCACUGGAAAGGAGCUGAUAUCAUUGUCUUCAACACCUAUCUCUGGUGGAUGACCGGCCUUCAGAUGAAAGUCUUGCAAGGGUCGUUUGAGGAUGAGGAGAAGGAUAUAGUGGAGGUGUCGACAGAGGACGCGUAUCGCAUGGCAAUGAAGAGUAUGCUGAGAUGGGUUCGCAAGAACAUGGAUCCUAAGAAAACCAGGGUCUUCUUCACCAGUAUGUCCCCUUCUCAUGGCAAGAGCAUAGACUGGGGAGGGGAUCCGAAUGGGAACUGCUACAACGAAACGGGUCUGAUAGAGGACCCAGAGUACUGGGGGUCGGACUCAAGAAGAUCCGUUAUGGGGGUGAUAGGGGAGGUGUUUGGGAAGUCGAAAUUCCCCAUAACAUUUCUGAACAUAACGCAGCUGUCGAGCUACAGGAAGGACGCACACACCUCCAUAUACAAGAAGCAGUGGAAUCCCCUCACGCCGGAGCAAGUGGCCAACCCCACCUCCUACGCCGACUGCGUCCACUGGUGCAUGCCCGGCCUUCAGGACACUUGGAAUGAGCUCCUCUUCGCCAAGCUCUUCUACUCCUCUUAAUCACUCCUCCUAAAAAAUCAAUUAAUUGAUUGAUUAAUUAAUUAAUUAAUGUGUUCUUGAUGAGUGUGAAUUGAGUAUGGCCCUUCUCUUGUGCAUGCAUAGAGUGAUUAAAAGUUUCUUUCAAAUUCAACUUGCUCGAUUAAUUAACUUUUGUAGAUAUGGAAUUGAUGCCAAUAUGAAAAUUUGAGAUUUUUUUUUGAAAAAUGAUCAA